CUACAGAGCUCCUGGUCCUGGAUAGAGGCGGCUCGUGUUGACGGCUGCUUUACUCCACGAACUACGGUGGUGCAAACAUCGUCCGUCUUUUUCCUUGUAUUAAUUGAUUAAGGUUUUAGCGCUUCUCAGAAGUUGACAGUCGCGGCUAUGCAGUCUGAAUCGGGAAUAGUUCCAGACUUCGAGGCUGGAGAGGACCUCCAGGACGAGCCUAAAACCUACUACGAGUUGAAGAGUCAGCCCCUGAAAAACAGCAGCCCGUCGGACCAGCAUGGCGCCUCCAAGCCCCCGCUGAGCUCCUCGGCCAUGACAUCACGCAUCCUGCUGCGGCAACAGCUAAUGCGGGAGCAGCUCCAGGAGCAGGAGCGGCGGGAGCAGCAGAGACAACAGUCCUCCCACUACCCACAAACUACAGCGACCCAGACCCCCGCUAUCAAUGUCAGUGUCCCUGUCAGUGUACCAGCUGGAGCACAGGUGCCAAUGGAGGUGCUUAAGGUUCAGACUCAUUUGGAAAAUCCAACCAAGUACCACAUCCAGCGCUCGCAGCAGCAGCAGGUGAAGCGGUACCUGGGAAAGCUUGGUUCCCAGGCGUUGAGCUUGCCCUGCCCCAACCAGUCCUCUGACCACGGGGGCAUGCCGCCAGGGCUGGGCAACAGCGCCCCCAACAGCCCUAUGGCCUUACUGACCCUCAACUCUAACUGCGAGAAAGAGAUGGAUGAUGUCAUUGACGACAUUAUUAGUCUGGAGUCCAGUUACAGUGAUGAGAUCCUCGGCUUGAUGGAUCCUGGACUGCAAAUGGCAAACACGAUCCCUGUAUCUGCUAACCUCAUGGACAUGUACGGUAAUCAGGGCAUGCCUCAGCAGGGCCUGCCCAUCAGUAACUCCUGCCCUGCCAAUCUUUCCAACAUCAAAAGGGAAUACUCAGUGUCUCAAUCCCCAUCCAUCAUGCACAUGCUGGACAAGUCUGGAUCCUGUGGAAAAUUUGACACCUAUCAAAGGCCAGAAGGAUUCCCUGUGGAAGUUGAGGUAAGAGCCCUGGCAAAAGAAAGGCAGAAGAAAGACAACCAUAAUUUGAUUGAAAGAAGACGUCGGUUUAACAUCAAUGAUCGUAUCAAGGAGUUGGGGACUUUGAUUCCAAAAUCCAAUGACCCAGACAUGCGCUGGAACAAAGGCACCAUCCUGAAGGCAUCAGUGGAUUACAUCCGAAAGCUUCAGCGUGAACAGCAGAGGGCCAAGGAGCUGGAGAAUCGCCAGAAAAAACUUGAGCACGCCAACCGACAUUUGAUGCUCAGAAUACAGGAGUUGGAGAUGCAGGCUCGGGCUCACGGUCUGGCCAUCACAUCCUCAGCACUCUGCUCUGCUGAAGUUGGGGUGCGGCCCAUUAAGCAGGAGCCCGCUCUGGAGGACUGUCAACAAGACCUGUACACACUCCACCCUCAUCACCAACACCACCCGGCCUGCACUCCGGAGCAACCCAGCACGCUGGAGCUGACCGAAGGUCACUCCAACUUCCCGGAUGGCCAUUAUGGCAGUGUUCACGGCAAAGCAGGAUCCAAACUCAAUGACAUCCUCAUGGAAGACAACUUAUCACCUGUCAGAGGUGGGGACCCUUUGCUCUCUUCCGUCUCCCCAGACACUUCAAAGGACAGCAGUCGCAAGAGCAGCGUCAGCAUGGAUGAGAAUGAAGAAGGCUGUUAGCGCACCCUAGUGGUAGACACCUUUUCUGUAUCUUUAAUCCCUCCAUCUUGCCAGAAAACAAGAGGCUAACACAGUUGCAGUUAUUUUAUUUUUUUUACCUUUCUUUUCAUUUUUAUGUUUACAUGUUGUAUCGCCUCCAUUUCAUUCUUUUUUUUCCUAUUGUUUGUCUUUCUAAGCUUUCAACCUUGAUUACAAGGACUGAUUUCAAAGUAUUUUCUUUAAUCAACGCUUUGGUGACAAUGAGUUACAAAAAUUUUAUGUUUUUAUAUUUACAAACUAUACAUUUAUCUUUCGAUAGAGAUUAGAUUGUUUUUUUCUAUCGAUUCCAAAGAAUCUAGGGAAACUAUAAAUCACAGUCAGAGGUGUAGAUAUUUGUGGUGAGGUCAACACUGCUUUGAAAAUCAGUAGCAAUAAUAGAAAGAAGGAUAUUUAUUACUAUAGUGCUUUACACUCCUUGUGUCUUAGAUUGAACUUGAAUGUGCCGAUGCCUUAUUAAAAAGUUUGUACAUUAUUGUUGUAUUGCUAUGCACACGUUAGCUGAUUCUCUGUCAGUUUUCCCAGUGAAAUUACUUGCUUGAUAAAUAUUAAACGUUUGUUGAUUUUAUCCUAUUUAUGACUCUUUACAGACAUAAUUUUAUCUAAACAUUCCCCUGAAAAGUGUAUUUAUUAAAAAAGGACAGAGAGAAGCUGAAAUGAUAAGUAUAAGUAUCUUAAGUGUCUUGGGGAGAUACUUAAAAAUAUCUCCCCAAAAUCUCCUUCAAGAUUUUUAAAAUACACAAAUUCAACACUUUUACUUAGCAUUAUGAGAAAACAUCAAACUACAAAGAAAGACUAAAGUUUUAGCACAAUGCCUUUUAACUACAAAGUGCUCUUUUUUCUGAUAGGCUGCAAUAGAUAAAUUACUAAUAUAUUCUUCACUGCCAAAACCACAAAAAUACUAAAUAACUCAGUGAUUCUUGAGAAGAGGGACAAAAUGGGUUUAAAUUUCACCCCCAAAAGAUUUAGUUAUUCCUCAAGCUUAUGUAUUCAAAUAUGACAAAGAAUGUUUAGGAAAUGUAAAGAUGCUAAGGUGCAGGCUCCCAGUUGCAACAUUUUUUUGAAAAUUACAUUUUUAAUGGACAUGACCCAGAACUUUGUCAACACCAUCUGACAAAAAUAAAUAUAAAAUUAUUUUUAAUGACCCUAUUAGUGAUAUUUUUACUCAGUUUUACAGACAAGAAACAAAAAAUAUAUUAUUUAAAACAAAAAACAACAUAAAGUCCAUCUGAAGGAGUUGACACAGAACUGAAAGUGGUGACGAACUAGUGAGUAAAAAGAAAAACUUGUGAAUACAUGUGAAGUAAUGACAUUUAUGUAAGAUAUAUUAAAAUGAAUUAACCGCACACUUAAGUGAGAUUUGUCAACACUCUCACUGAAAGAGUCACACUGUCAGUUAAAAACUCUGAUGGAGUUGACAUCUGACGGAGAUGACAAAAUACCAAACUACCUCAAUUUAUCUGAUGUUAUUAUGAAGGAGGCCAUAUUGUAGCUCAUCAGGUCCAUGAAAUCUUUACAGUAUACUAAAGUUAAGCAUUUAUUUCACAAAAGUUCAGCAAAAUUUAGUAAAUUGUCAGUUAUGGUGUUGACACAUCAUGGUUGUGACGAGCAACUUGGGACUAAAACGGAAGAAAAAACUAAAGAAUAACAUAAGCUAACCAGAGCUGCCUAGCCCUCUUAGCAAAGGAAGAGAAAGGAAGAGGUCAUGGGGUCCUCAGAAGUUCUGAUGCCCCAAAAUAACGCCUGAUUUUUUUUUACAGUCUUUUUAUGUCUGAUGGCGUUGACAAAAACUUGGGACAAAUUUCAAUUGAGUUGGAAAACAUAUAAAAAUUAUUUUUAAUUCAAUUUAUUGAUACUUUUAUAAUUAUUUAUUUGAAUACUUAUACUUAAUUGUCAUCAUAUAUUAUCUUAGUAUUCCUUUAAUUGUUUUAAACUAUUAUAAUGUAUUGAGUUCUGCUCCAGGACAAGGGAUUUUAGACGCCAACUACUACAAAGUUUAAAAUAAAAAAUAUUCAGCAAACACCAUGAAAACAUACAUUGUUGUGCUCACAUAGCCCAGGUUAGUUAUUUGAAAAAAUUUUUAUUUUGUGUAUAUUUUAUUCAAAUUUUGUGGUUAAUCCACAGACCUGUUUUGUCCAUUUUCUUAAGAACUUCUGAACUAACAAAGUUUCAAAAAUUGUCUCAAAAUAUGAGUGAUUUUAUAUAAGCAGUAAUAAGAUGCACAGGAUUGUCUGAGAUCUUAGCACACAGUAAUGAAACACUGCAGAGGUGUUGCUCUCUAUCCUCAGAUCUUUUUUAUAUUAGUCAUAUUCGUACCACUUCAGUAACAUUUUACAUUCAGGGCGGGUUUUUUUGUUUGUUUGUUUUAUGAGCAUGUGAAAUUUAUAAUGCUGAGGAGAAUAAGGAAACUGAUUUUGUCUGAAAUGCAUGAAAUUGUCCAGACACUGGAUUAACCUCUGUGAACUGAAAUGUAGUUUGUUAGGCUUUUGUGCAGAAACGUACAAUGUUUUGCUUGAGAGUCGAGUAACCGAAGUACACGUGUGCUGUAUAUUUCUGCAGUUUGAAAAGUUGUUGCUGAAUAACCUUGUGCCAUUACUGAUAUCUCUGACACAGCACAGUCUCCGUUUUGUCAAACUAUGCAAUGUUUGAAGUUGUGCCUGUGACGCAUCAUGUCUUGAAGUUGUCAUUUAUGAAGUAGCCUUAGACAGUAAUAAUUCAAUUUCUAUUUCAUUUAAGUGCCUUCUGUUACCUUGGUGAUAUACAAGGAAUCAUGCAAUAUUUUGAGACUGAUUAUGCCGGUAUUUGGUGCUUUAUAGACUAAAGAAAUACGUUUUACAAUCUCUUCCAAAAGUGACAGGAAAUGACUUUUGGUCAGUGUGAGAAAACAAACUACAUCUCUUAAACUCAAGAACCACAAGAAAUAAUUUUCUAAACACUUCAAAGUGUUCAGUAUUCAAUGAAACCUAAUACAUCUUAUUAAAUUAGUAAGUCCAUCUUAUAAAUAUAGCACCUUUUACAAGUAGAAAUCACAAAGUACUUCACAAAGAGUCUGAAUAGUGAAACGUUUAAAUUCAAACAUGACUAAAAAGACAAGGAUGUAAUCAAAUGAGCAUAUAUGACAGACUGCAAUGUAUUUUUACAGUAAGUACUUUGCUUAGCUCUUAGAUGCAGAAAAUGUAUUUUUUAGGGUCACAAACUCUCAAGCUUUACUUUUACUUCUGAAAAAAUAGCUGGCUUGUGUCUGUGAGCUAGACCAGUGGUGCCAAAGGAAGUAUGACUCGCAAAGAUUAACGUUUAUGACAACUAGCCCCCAAAAGCUAAAUUUAGACAACAGUGCCUCUGUGUAAACAAGAUGAAAAUGGUGAGCAAUAAAGUGGGAAAAGAUUCCUACAUAAAAACGUCUAAUAAUUUUGUGGUUGAAAAGCUACAUUUAAAAUGGAGCUCCAAAUGUUUUAAAUUUAACGACUAAUCAAAGCAUGCAGACAUAUGUAGAAGUCAAAUUUUCAAUUUUACUUUUCUUGGCUAAAUAAAGACAAGAACUGGCCAACCUGAAAUAGCCUUAAAAAUAUGACUGCUAGCAAAAGCUUUUGGAGGGACACAAGAAACAGAGGAAUUAAUUUGUAGAUUAGAAACAGAAACCACCAGUGUCUCCAGCUAAAUACAAAACAAGUAUUUAUUUAAAUAAAAAGGUUCACCGUGGGAAUUUUGCGUGAAAGUAUUAGAGAAUGCAAUCAUGGCCACUUUACUUUGACUGCCACUUUAUUACCACUAACAGGUGAACAUUUCUGGAUUUCAUAAAGAACUCUUUGAAAACUCCUUGAACCCAAAGACCUGUAGGUUGGAAAAUAUGUACCUUCUUAGUUUAAGUCUGUCCACCAAUUUGAAUUGUGACCAAAUACCUUUCAAAUUAAAGACCAUUUACACUAACCUGAUUUAUAGUGUCCUUUUUACUCCCAAUUAUCAAAUGUUAGCAUUUAGUUAAAGAUAGUGUAGGCUGGUUUUAGCAUUAGCUUGAAAAAAAACCCGGCAACAUAAUUGAACCACUAUUUGUUGUUGUCUUUAAAUACAGCAUACAUGUGUAUUUAUUACUGAACACUUUUAAACUUCAGAUAUUGCUGUUGUGCUGUGUGUUCUUAGAAUAACACCGAGCAUUUAAAAUCUUUCUGACUAUAGCAUGAAUGUAGUUGAGCAAUUGCGCCAACAAUGAAAGAUGCAGUAUAUUUAUACAAACUAAAGGUUUUGAGCUGCUGAUGGUGUCUUUCAUAACCUUUUGCCAGAAACAGGAGCUGUAAUGCUAGUCUGUAAAAUAUAGUUUUGGUGAAAAUUGUUUAUUAAGCAGUAUGAAAGACAUGGUUCCAAGAGUAACUUUAUUAUUAUUUUUUAUAUAUAUUUUGUCGCAUUUUACCAUGCGUCACACAGUGUUACAAUCUACUGAGUACACUCUGUACCAACUCAUUGAAAGCCAGUAAAAAAGCUUGUAUGUGACCAUUGAGUCACUGCAGAUGGACCCUUAUGAUUGUAAGAUUUAGGGUAAUAAGAAUAAUACACAACCUUUCAAUCAAGAGCAAGUAGCUCUCGGUUUAAAGGUUGCGUGUUGCACUUCGAUAUAUUGUGGUGUGUUUUAAAUCCACUAAGGAAGAACCAUUUUAUCUCGGUACUUGAGUGUCUGAACAAGUUUAUUCCUGUGGUUCAUAAAGUGUACUACUACUGUUUUCAUUGUCACAGUUAUUAAGAGACAAGUGUUGCAAUACUUACUGCGCCCACUGAUUUGUUAACUCACGCUCAUUGGUACUCGAUGUUAAACUACUCUGUUAGAAAUAUUAAAAGAUUUAUUUGAACUUUUUGACUGGGUGUUUUCUCUGCGAUUUUAAAAAUAUAGCUAUCUAAUAAUUUAAAUUGAAAUAUGUUGUUCCUUACGGAGAUUUUCACGGUUGCUAAAUAUGCUAAAUUAUACUAUUCCUAAGCUAUUACAUUUAUAGGCUGUAAACAUGGAUGCUGUACAAACUUUGUUAAAAAUCACUUGGAAUAAAGUUAUAGAUCUUUAAGCA